AUGCUUAUAUCGCACCCUAGAAUCAUGUACCAAACAUGGAUGACAUCCUUAGAGUCUGUGUGCUGUGCAUUGGCACUGUUGUUCCCGAAAUUCUUCUGUAGCAUUUUAUUGACAUGGUCAUAUUAUGUGUUUAUGAUGGAAGCUGUAUAUAAUGGAUUAGUGAUUUCUCGAAACAAAAGUGUGCUAGCAUACACAGCCUCGAUAGUUGCUACGGUGCUAUAUGGGUUGUGUCUCUAUACAUACUUCAAGGUUGUAGUGGCUGGGCCUGGAUCACCACUUGAUUUUGAGGAAUUAAGAAUAAAUAACAUUGAUUCAUUGGCAAAUAGACGUCGUUCAGAAAAUCCAUUUGAUACAAAUACGACACCUACAACGUUGGAUCAAACCAAUGAAAGUGAAACACACUUGCUAGCGGAAGAAAUGAAUACUCAAGCGCCAGAAGUGCCGCCACUUGAUUAUGUGAAGAUGUAUACUGUCAAACAGAAAAGAUCCGCACCGGUGGCAUAUCGAUACUGUUUGAAGUGUAGUUGUUGGAAACCAGAUAGAUGUCAUCAUUGUUCAUCGUGCAAGAAAUGUGUGUUGAGAAUGGACCAUCAUUGUCCAUGGUUUGCGUCUUGUAUUGGCUUUUAUAAUCAGAAAUUUUUCAUCCAAUUUCUAACAUAUCUUGCCAUUUAUAGUGGCUUGGUAUUUGUGGUCACUACAAGUCUCUUGUGGAAGUUUUUCACUCAAGAAAUGUAUAAAGAUGGUGAAUAUCUUUCGUUAAGUUUAGUGUUUUUAUUUGUUGUUAGUCUUUCAUUCUUUUUCGCAGUUUCAGGAUUUGCUAUAUUUACUUCAUAUUUGGUGGUGGUAAACACAACCACCAUUGAAGUUCAAGAGAGUAAAUGGAACGUUAAAAGGAAUGGGAAAUCCAAUGGUGCGUUCCAAUACGAGUUUGAUCAAUCUGGGGGUAAUUCUGGGGAAAAUGGGUCGAAAAAGUCAAUUUCUUCCAAUAUAUUUGAUUUGGGAUACAAGAGAAAUUGGACUAGUAUAAUGGGUGAAACUUGGAUAGAAUGGUUACUCCCAAUCAAUUCUACCAGUGAUAAAUUGGAAGAUGAAUACAAGAAUGGGAUAAACUUUGAAAUCAACCAUGAAGCAUACCAACAAUGGGUUCACGAUACACAAUUACAAGAUCAAUUGAAUCAACAGGUUGAGGAUUAUGUUAAGAGAACAAGAGCUGAACGUGAACUGUAUGUAUAG